GCGGCUUCUACUUCCCGGGACCCAGGCCCUCCUCCCUGCGAUAGGGAGCGCCUGCGGAUCUCCCGACGUUCCUUGUGUGCUUCAUCUCCAAACAUCUCCCACUCAGAGCAUCGUUCUGCCUCCUCCGGGAAGACCUCCCUUCCUCCCUUCCAAUUUUGAGAGAUAGAUUCGGGAGGCUGGUCUCGCGUGUUUAACAGCCCCUCCCCCGUGGGCGUUUUUCAUUCCAGACCCUCUUCAGGGUCAGUUACCUGCUCACGACUCUACAGUUCGUCACUUCGUUGUGCUGUGCUUUUGAUUUUCACAUGCACAGUGUAGAUGGUGCGAGUCAUCCACAGUUUGCUGUGGUCGGCGAGCACAGAACCCUGGAGUCCAGCCUCUACCCUCGACCGAGGGCGCAGUCGCAUCUGCCCCAGUAGCCAGCCCCUCAGGGUGACCACGUCAGUCAACAUGCUCUGCCCUAGCCCCUUCCCAUCCUCACGGCCCCAAGCCUCCCUGUCCUGUGGACUGACUGCUACCUCCCUCCUCUGCUGGACACCUCCUGUGGCGCCUCCGCCUGACUCUGGAAACCUCUCUCUCCAACACCCCCUGUUGUUCCCAGAUGUUGGCACUUUGCCGGAAGCUCAACUGGACAAACUGCCUCCAAGCACUUGUCCAAAGUCUGCCUUAUCCUGACGACGGCCUUUUGGCCUGUACCCUGACUCAUCCUUUUCUGCAGGCUCCUCUUGGUGGCUCCAAGAAGACUCCUGACACAAAAAUGCCAUCCUCACUGGAGUCCCUUCUUCCACCUUCCGUGGACCCUGCAACAACUGUAGAGGACCCUGAGGCGGCGCGCCUGCGCUUCCGGGGGUUCUGCUACCAAGAGGUGGCCGGUCCCCAAGAGGCUCUUGCCCGGCUUCAAGAGCUCUGCCGCCAGUGGCUGCGGCCAGAAUUGCACUCCAAGGAGCAGAUGCUGGAGCUACUGGUGCUGGAGCAGUUCCUGGGCUCGCUGCCCUCUGAGAUCCAGGCCUGGGUGCGAGGCCAGAGGCCAGGUAGCCCUAAGGAGGCUUCAGACCUGGUCGAGGGCCUGCAGCAUGAUCCUGGGCAACUACUGGGCUGGAUCACAGCCCACGUCCUGAAGCAAGCAGUGCUCCCAGCAGCACAGAAGGCAGAGGACUCACUGGGGAGGCCUCACCCUCCAGGGAUAGUAGAUCCCCUCAGAGCAGCUGCUGGGGAGGACCCACAGGAUGCCCAGAGGAAGGGGUCUGCUCAGCUCAGCUGCAGCGUGAAGGAGGAGCCUGAUGUGGAUGGACAGGAAAUGGCACCUGCUAGUCCCCUAAAUCCAGCCCAAUCCCAAGAGGGGCCAGUUGGACAUGGGGAACCAGACUCUACCUCCUUCCAUCCACCCAGGAUUCAGGAGGAGUGGGGGCUGCUGGACCCGUCACAGAAGGAGCUGUACUGGGACGCAAUGCUGGAGAAGUACGGCACGGUGGUCUCCCUGGCAGGGUUACCGACCCCGAGGCCCGAUGCGCAUGCCGAGUUGGAGCCAGGGGUGCUGAGCGCAGGGACAGAGGACCCAGGAACCUUCUGUCAGCGAGGUGAGCGCGAGGGUCUGCCAGGCUGCCCGGAGUCUCCGCUGUCCUGGGAGGGCCCAUCUGGGGCUACCGCAUUGGUCCCGCCGCCACCUGCGCCUAGUGCCGCACGGAGAAAGCCCUACACCUGUGAGCAGUGCGGUCGCGGUUUCGACUGGAAGUCAGUGUUCGUCAUCCACCACCGGACGCACACCAGCGGGCAGGGUACUCAGGCCGCAGCGCUGACUGUCGGGGGUGCUGACAAGCAGCUGCAGACUCCCCGGGAGCCGGGUGCACUGCGCCACCCCCGGCGCACGGCCCCAGCCCCUCGGAACUACGCCUGCGAGGAGUGCGGGCGCAGCUUCAGUUGGAAGUCGCAGCUGGUCAUCCACCGCAAGAGCCACGUUGGCCAGCAACGCCACUUCUGCGACGACUGCGGCCGUGGCUUCGACUGGAAGUCCCAGCUGGUUAUCCACAGGAAGAGCCACCAGCUGGAGGCCCCGUGAGCGGUUGGAGAAGGCCGACUCACCUUAGCGAUCUCGUCCUCAGGACCAGGGCGCAGCCUGGAAGACCGGGAGGCAGUAGCGGGCGCUGUAGUAAAUCAGGGUCAGGGCUUCCGGGAAGCCACCUGGGUGCAAGAAAAGAAGCUGCUCUUGCACGCCCCCAUGCCUCUACUCAUCUGAAGUGAGGCCUGGUUUGAAUCCACCCUGCCCAGUCGCCUACAGGCGAUUUCCAAGCUUGGAUCUCCCCACCUGUGGCGCGAUGCAGGCUGACAACUUUUCCAAGCCCUGGGACCUCGUUACCUGCAGGUAGUUGCUUGACAACUGCCUCUUCCCACCCUUCCUGACACAGCGGGGUCCAGAGUGCACACGUGGUAGAUGCAGAAAGCCUAGGAGAGCAGUGCUCUGCUUGUUUGCAGGAAGAGAGAGAACUAAUGGUCCUUCAUAUGUGUUGUAGGUUUUUAACAAAUCCCACUUUUAUAGUAGGGAAGUUUCUGCAUAACAAUCCUGAUUUCUGGCUCUGCUGGUCAGAAGAUCAGCAGUUCCACUCCUCCUGCCUGGCAGCUGGGGCCACUGAGCAGCAAACCCAUGAAAAGGUCCAGCAGAGUCCAGCAGUCCUGGUUCCCGGCCCACCUUCCUGUACUGGACACGUCACUCUUCCGGCCUUCUCCUUUGAGCUCAUGAGUCCCAGCUUGAGUGGACACUAGGGGACUUACACUUUAAGCAUGGGUAGACAAGGGGGCCUCACAAAAAGGACACAAAUAUGUGACUUAGGCCAUGCACACCUGCAGGUCAGGACUGUGUCCCCACGGCCCACACAGUAGGUCAGUGGGUCACAAAGUUAGAGAAAAAAGGAUUAGCUGCCUGCUGCCCAUGGAGGUAUGUCUGGAUUCCUAGGCAGGCAUUUGGGACUUUGUUCAAUACACUGUGUUAGUUUCCUGUUGUUGCUGUAACAAACUUGGUGGCUUGAAACAACACGAAUUUAUUCUCUCAUGA